CUGCUAGAUCUAGUUCCAACUAAAAAGUUAUUAAAAAUGGGUUGUGUUUGUGGCAGAGAAUCCCUUACUGUAGAAAACCGGAAAUUUUUUAUAAAACAGCGACUUGGUGAAGGAGGCUUUAGCUUUGUGGACUUGGUUGAGGAUUCACAGACACACAAAGCCUAUGCACUUAAAAGGAUUUUGUGUCACUCAAAGGAAGAGGAACACAUUGCUUUACAAGAAAUACAGAUUAUGAGAGAGAUCAGCCACCCAAACAUAAUUCCAUUAGAGUGUUACAGUAUAAACAAAGUUGAUGUUCACACAAAAAGUGUGGAUAUUACUUGUGAAGUGUUUUUAGUAAUUCCAUUAUAUCGAAAAGGAACUUUGCAAAAUAGAAUUGAGACAUUGAAACUUAAAGGAGAACAUUUAGGGGAGGAAACUAUUUGGAAACUUAUGUUAGGAAUUUGUCAGGGAAUCAAGGCAAUGCAUGACCACAAUCCUCCUUAUGCACACAGAGACAUAAAGCCAGACAAUGUGAUGACACAAGAAGAUGGAACACCUGUUGUGAUGGACCUUGGUUCAGCAGCACCAGCUCGCCUGUUUAUUAAAACUGCCAGGGAUGCUUCUUCAUUGCAGGACCUAGCAGCAGAACGCUGUUCCAUGCUUUAUCGUGCUCCAGAAUUGUUUACAGUAGAAACGAAUACUUCCCUAGAUGAGCGGACUGACAUAUGGUCCUUAGGGUGUGUUUUAUAUGCCUUGGCCUAUUUGGAAUCACCCUUUGAAAGUGCUUAUCAACAUGGAGACAGUCUAGCUUUAGCAACUAUGGCUGGCAAAAUAACAUUUCCUGACAAUACUCAGGGUUAUUCAAAUAGCAUUCCUGAAACAAUUUUGUGGAUGUUGAAACCAAAACAAACUGAAAGACCAUACAUUGAUCAAGUGAUUGAAAAAAUACAUGAUAUAAAACAUGUAUAUGAAAAUCGUGUAUGACCCACUUUACUGUUGUGAAAUUGCUUGUAUAACAGUUUUCUUAUAAAUGUUAUUAAUAGAUUUGUUAUUAAUCUUACAUCAGCCUUACAGUUUGUGUUCUGCUAAACAGUGUAAAGAGAUGAAAGCAAAGUAUGAGCCAUGAAAAAUGUCUUGUGAUCACCUGUCCUUAACCCUUUACUUUCCAGGCAUUAAAUACAUUUUUACUUCCCAUAUGGCCAAAAUGUCAAAGCAAUUUCAACCAUGAUACUUUUUUAAAAACAAAACUAUUUAAUAAUAUUUAAAUACAUAAAAAAAAAAGAAAAUUAAGCAUAGUGCAAGAAAAUGGACUGGUUUUAUAAUGUUUUUUCUAAAUAGCCUAACGAUUUACAAGUAAUAAAUAGAAAAAAUAAUUAAAUGAAAACAGUUCACUGUUAAUUACAUUAUAAACAAAACCCCAUUCAUUUUCAGAGGCAUUUCAAUAAUAUAUAGAAAAUUGACAACUUAUUAGCUAGAAUAAUAAGAAAAUGUAAAUAAAACUUAUUAGGAUUAUACCACAGAAGAAAAAUUCUGGGUGCACUGGACUGUAAAGGAUUAAUACUCUUCAUCAAGCUGUAAUUUUUUGCAAAUGCUUGACACUUCAUAAUAAUUAUCUCUAAUUAGUAAAAAUAUAUGAU